AUGCGCAGUCCCGUCAUCGCCUUCUCGAUCCUCGCCGCUGCAGUCAGCCCCACUCUCGUGUCCGCGGGUUUCAAUGGCAACGCGGUCACUCACCCUCGCGUCACCGAAGUCGAAACCAAGGGGUCCAGCAACCCUCUCCAGGUUUUCAAGCGCCAGCUCAACGCAGAGCAGCUAAACAGGCUGCAGCGCGGCCCGAAUUCGUUCAAUGACCCAGGCAACCCUAUCAAUGCAUUGUUGGACCCCUUGAAAGACCUCCCCGGCACCCCCGUGGGUGACACCAACCAGAAAAACAACGCUGGCGCAAGCUCUAAUGAUGCAACUACCACGAUUGCCGAUGACCCAUUGCAGGACUCCGAUAUGUCCACAUCCAAAUUGUCGAAGGACGUCGGCAACACCGCCGCAACAACUGGUGGAGGCGCACCUGUGGAGCCUGUAGCACCGGCGACGCCUUAUGCGGGUGGGAAGAUGGCCGAGAAUGACGCAGAGCGUUCGGCCGAUGGGGAGGGCCUUCAGCACCACUCUUACAGCAAGGCCGACCUCACAAAGGGGGUUUGA